AUGGCGCCAAAGCUCUUCCGCAACGCAACCAUCAUCUCCUUCGAUGAAGAUGCUCAAUCCAUAAAGGUUCUCCGAGACACCGAUGUCCUCGUCAAAAACGACACCAUCGCCGCAAUCGAGAAAGACAUCCAGUCUCCGGACGAAGCAGAAGUCGUCGACGCCACGAACAAAAUCCUCUCCCCAGGCUUCAUCGACACGCACACCCACCUCUGGCAAACCGCGCUCCGGACGCUGGCGCCUGAUACCACGUUAGCCGAGUACUUCAGCAGCUACAGCCACUACUCGCCCCUCAGCGCGUCCUUCUCACCCGAAGACCUCUACAUCAGCACCCUAGCCGGCAUCCUCGAGGCCCUGAACGGCGGCACCACGACCCUGCUCGAGCACGCGCACAAUAACUGGUCUGUCGACGCUGUGAAGCGGGGGUAUGACGCGGGGGUGCAGAGCGGGGCGCGGAUGUGGUGGUGUUGUGCUGCCGAGCAUCGCAACGGUAUCACUGAUGAGGAGAUGCUGGAGGCGUUGGGGCAGAGGCAUCGAAGUGGUAACGAAGGGGGGUUGAUGGAGCUAGGGUUAGCGUGGGAUGGGAUGGGGACGCAGUCGGAGGAGGAGGUGGAGAGGGUGAAGGGUUUGGUUAGGAAACACGACCUCAAAGCCCUAACCCUCCACCACCUCGGCAGCCCCUGGCCCUUCGACAACAGCCCCUCCCUCGCCGCCUCCCCCCCAAAAUCCCUCCAGUCCCUAAACCUCCCCACCAUCUUCUCGCACGCCGGCUUCGCCACCCCCGCCGACAUCUCCGCCCUACGAAAACACAACUGGCACCUCUCCAUCACCCCGGAGUCCGAACUCCACUACGGACACGGCCAGCAAACCAGCCGGCUCGUGCAAGACCAAGCCUCCCUGGGCAUCGACACGAGUUUCACGUUCUCAGGGGACUUGUUGACACAAGCGCGGAUCUGGCUGCAGACGGCGCGAGGGACGGAGUAUAACCGCGCUUUAGGGACGGGGAAGAUCCCGGAUCGGAAUCCGAUGAAAGUCGAAGAGGCCUUCUUGCUCGCGACCCGCCAAGGCGCUCUCGCGCUCCGACGGGAAGAUCUCGGCGUGUUGAGAGUAGGCGCGAAAGCGGAUAUAGUCUGUUUCUCCGGCGAAGCACCGAAUAUGGCCGGCUGGUCAGACCCCGUAGCGGCGGUGAUUCUGCACGCGAAUGUGGGGGAUGUGAGGGAUGUGAUGGUUGGUGGGGAGUGGAGGAAGCGGGAGGGGGAGUUGAUGUUGAAGGAAGGGACGUGGAAGGCUUUCCGGGAGGGGUUUGUGGAGGUGGCGAGGCGGGUGCAGAGGGAAAAUGAGCGGCCGCAGGCGUUGGGGGAGAAGUUUAUGGGGGUGGGGGAGUGGGCGGAUGUGGAGAUUAUGGGGACGAGGAGGAGGGAGGGGUGA